AUGGAGAAGAGAAACGCCACCUCAGACUUCAUUCUCCUGGGGUUCUUCAACCACACAAGACUCCACCGCUUUCUCUUCACAGUGGUGCUGGCAGUAGCCACUGCCUCCGUGGUGGGCAAUGCACUCAUGCUGCUCCUGAUUGCCCGGGACCGCCGGCUCCACACGCCCAUGUACUUCCUCCUGAGCCAGCUCUCCCUCAUGGACGUCAUGCUGGUUUCCACCACGGUGCCCAAAAUGGCUGCCGACUACUUGACCGGAAGGAAGUCCAUCUCCCGCACGGGGUGUGGGUCGCAGAUUUUCUUCUUCCUGACCCUGGCCGGCGGGGAGAGCUUCCUCCUGGCGGCCAUGUCCUACGACCGCUAUGUGGCAAUUUGCCACCCACUGCGCUACCUGGUUCUCAUGAGCUGGCGCUUAUGUCUGCAAGUGACUGUGGGGUCGUGGAUCCUGGGGGCUGCUGACGGCCUCCUGCAGGCUGCCGUCACCCUGAGCUUCCCGUUUUGCAGGUCACGUGAGAUCAACCACUUCUUCUGCGAGGCUCCCGAACUGAUGCGCCUGGCCUGUGCCCGCUCGUCUGUCUUUGAGUAUGCCAUGUACAUCUGCUGCGUGUUGAUGCUCCUGGUCCCCUUCUCCCUCAUCCUGAUCUCCUACAGCCUCAUCCUGGCUGCUGUUCUCCACAUGCGCUCCACAGAAGCCUGCAAGAAGGCCUUGGCCACCUGCUCUUCCCACCUGACUGUGGUGGGCCUCUUCUAUGGAGCCGCCAUGUUUGUCUACAUGAGACCCAGGUCCUCCAGGUCAGCCAGCCAUGACAAGGCUGUGUCGGCCUUCUACACCAUCUUCACACCCAUGCUGAACCCCCUCAUCUACAGCCUGAGGAACAGCGAGGUCAAGGGCGCCCUGGAGAGAUGGUUUGCGAUAUCCGUAACUCCAAAAUGCCAGCACACUUAGGCCCAUUGUUUAAGAUGAGCUUAACUGCCUGAACUGAACAUUUUAAAUGUGACAUUUUCUCUAUUUUAAUAAUGAAUUAGGCGAAAGUAAAGCUUAUGAAUCAGCAUGAAAAGUUGCUAAUAACUGAGUCAAUUGUAUAGAGAAAUUUAAUGUCUGAGCAUUUAUUUUUAUUUAUUUGUUUGAGAGACAGAGAGAGAGUCAGAAAAAAAAGAGAAAAAAUACAGAUAGAUCAGUGGU